CCCCAACUGGACUUUAAGAUGGGGCUGUUCGAGGCGGAGAAUCAAGCGCGGUCUCGCGGAAAGGUGCGCUCUGGAAAGGCCUGGGCCCCCAAGGCACUUGCCGUUGGCCUUAUUAUGUGUGUCCUCAUGACGGUGCAAUACUUGUCUACGUCCUCCUCGGCUAUCGUGGAUCCGCUGUCAACACAAGCAAAGACCGUUGUGGUUGAAUUUGUUCAUGACGGUGACCAUUCGACGUAUCCCCAGCGUGGGGACUCCGUCACAGUGAACUAUGUUGGCACGUUAGCCGUGACUGGGGCAAAGUUCGAUUCGAGCUACGAUCGCAGCGCCCCGUUUCAAUUCCAUCUCGGUCUGGGUGAAGUGAUCAAAGGAUGGGACGAAGGUGUGGCAAAGCUAUCGUUGAACGAAACGGCGCGUUUGUACAUUCCGUCCCAUUUGGGGUAUGGAGCGUCUGGUGCGGGGAGCGGCGUGAUCCCACCCAACGCGGACUUGAUUUUUGACGUGCAUCUGCUUGCAAUCAACGGAGUUCAGAUCAGCCCCAAGGUCUCGAUCAAGCAAGUUGUUGCUGGCGAUGGCAAGACGUUUCCGUUGGCCGGGGAUCGAGUUACCGUGCAUUGUACGUGCUCAGCUGCACUCUCGAUUUCUCGUCGUGCCUACAACGCUUGUCGCAGAUGUCGGGUCGUUUUUGAACGGCGACAAGUUUGACUCUUCUCGUGACCGCAACAGCCCGUUUUCGUUUACGUUGGGAAAGAAGACGGUGAUCCGAGGAUGGGAAGAAGGCAUUCCGCAGCUCAGCAUCGGCGAAGUGGCAAAGAUGACGAUCCCGUACCAAUUGGCGUACGGAGAGCACGGGCGCAGUGGCAUUCCCCCCAAGUCGGACUUGGUGUUUGAAGUGGAGCUGCUCAAAAUUGAAAAGGGAAGCGCCGUGUGAACGCGUCGGGGUCGGCUUCGAUCCCUGCGUGUGCAGGUGUAGCUAGUCCGUUGAAUCGAACGCUGCGUGCGACGACAGAGCAUGCUUGCUACUGCGCUGGAGUCAACCGCUCGCAUUCAAAGCGAACAUCCCCAA